CGCCACGCCAACUCCUGGGCCGGUAUGAUCAUGUACCUACCGAACUCGCCCGAGUGCAGUCAGGUACAAAUCUCGUGGACGGGAAGGUUUUGCCUGCGGAAGGACCCAAUUUCAUCGUCCAAAUGGUUGUUCAUUGAGACCGCCCUUGUCCACGACAUUCCAAGAAGUCGUGCGGAAUUUAUGAGGUGUCAAGUCUGCGUGUAUGUACUGAAAGAAUGCACCCCAUUGCCACCGUCCCUGACGAUACUUCAUGAGCAUUCGGACGAUUACUCCAUGCAAUGUACAAAACCGAUGACACUGGAUGGGCUGAAUGCUGAACUUACACAGUUCAUUAACGAACAUGGUCGGGUGCUGAAUAAAGAGCAGUUUGAUGAGGAGUAUCCCUUCUCGAUAUUCUAGUGUUCACAAUAGUGGAGCACCUCCUCGUUCGGCCGAUAUUUGAUGACCUCAUUCAUCAAGCACACUAACGAAUAUAGUUACGGCCAGCGA